GUGAACGAACAGUUGAAGAUCAUCAUCUGUAUUGUAGAUAACUGUGUUCCCGGCAACCGCAUAGACUACGUGAUCCGGCAUUCGAAGGACCAAAAGCAAAUCUUUCUCGAGUAAAAUCGUAAACUGUCGGGCGCAAAUCACACCACAAUAAACGGACUAUCUACUGUGAUGUGCCUGAUUCAAAGCUGCUGUGAUAAGUUCUAACAUUUGUGAUAUUAGGUGUAGAGACGCCAUGACUCUGUGCACGGUGGGCAGCGCCAGUACGGUUCAGCAGUCACGGGCGGCCAGACGCGUAGGGCGGCUGGGGAGCGGAAAGACUUGUCCUCAAGGAGGCGCCAACAGGCCACGGGAUGUGUCUUCAAAGGUGCGCACCACUUAUAGGCGGAGCUUAGACCCUUGCGAUAACUCGGACGAUAGUGGAAUUGGGUUUGAUCACCACUUCGAUUCGCAUCAACAUUCGGCAUGCGGUGGUCUAUCCGGAAGACUUACCUGGAGUGGGGAGCCUGCCGCAGCUAAAAGGCCUAAGCUGGAUAUCAAACUCGAACAUGAGGAACAAAAUGAUAACUAUUGCUUUCCUGAAUCCAUCAAGAUGUACAAAGAAGAUAUCUCAUUAAUUAGGACCGCUCCCUCAGCCACCCUGCCAUCUCUUAGUUUAAGUAGUACCUCAAGUAGCUCCACAACGAGAACGUCCUCAAGAUGUUUGCACCUGCAGGCUCGACAGACCUCAGGAUCAGUACCUUUAACUACUCAGCUUACCUCAACGUCAAGAUAUACUGACGCCUCAUUAGUGAUAGUAAAACAACCUGAACAACAACAUAGAGCGAGAUAUCAGACUGAAGGCAGCAGGGGUGCCGUGAAAGACAGGGAGGGAAACGGAUUUCCUGUAGUACAAUUGACUGGAUAUCACAAACCAACAACGUUGCAGGUAUUUAUCGGCACAGAUGUAGGCAAAGUAUCGCCUCACAUGUUCUACCAAGCAUGCAAAGUGAGUGGGAAGAACAGCACCCCAUGCAUAGAACGCAAGAUAGAUGGUACAUGCGUCAUAGAACUACAACUGGAACCCAGCAAAGACAUGAGCGCCACAUGCGAUUGUGUUGGGAUUCUUAAAGAGAGGAAUGUCGACGUGGAACAUAGGUUUCCAGAUCAGCUAGGUAACAGAGGAAAGAAGAAAUCUACUAGAUGCCGGAUGAUAUUUAGAACAACACUCAUGCUGGACGACGGUUCUCAAGAGACGUUGCAAGUCUGCUCACAGCCUAUUGUUUGCACUCAACCUCCGGGUAUUCCAGAAAUAUGUAAGAAGUCUCUGACGUCGUGUCCGGCCACCGGUGGAUUGGAGCUGUUCGUUUUAGGAAAGAAUUUCCUCAAAGAUACCAAGGUUUAUUUUCAGCAGUAUGAAGAUGGUCACGUCCAAUGGGAAAAAGGUGUUGUACCUGAUAAAGAAUAUUUACAGCAGACACAUUUUGUGUGUGUAGUACCUCCAUACCAUAGACCGGACAUAACCAAACCGAUUUCGGUGAGGUUAUGUGUGGUGUCGAGUGGUAAAACAAGCGAAUCACAUCAUUUUGUUUAUACCCCGGUAAAUGGGACUGUAGCCAGCGCAUAUAGGCUCUGUAUAAGGAGCGGGGCCUCCAGCGACCGACACCUAUCAGCCUGCGGAGCCUAAGUCUGCAGACCGACCGAGCCGCGCGUGUCUCAGAUCUCUCUGUUCUCAGGUUCUAGUCUAUCACGGGUACUUAAAAACAACAAAAAAAGUUACAUCAUUCUCUCACAUUUCUUUAUGCCACCAUCCAAUCAUGAUAUCCAUACACAUACCCAUAACUGUUUGAUACAGUUUGUGAUGUCAUUUCUAACUUAUCCAGUGGUUCACCUCCAGAUUUCUUAUUGCAUAUUAUUAGUUUAAAUGUUUCCCUAUCAUUAUCUUGCAAAAACUCAGCGAAAAAAUAAACCACAACUAAUUUUGACAGCAAUAGUAAAUAUAGGCAUGAAUUUCUGACGGUUGUGGACUGUUGGAAACAGUUGACCAAUUAAGGUUGACGCAUGGAUUUGAGUUUCACUUUUCUGAUAAUUCGUUUGGUCAACUAAAUUUGACAGUAACAAUCCGUUUAAAAAUGUAACUCAAACUAAAACAUUCAGCUCUUUGACUUCUGAAGUUUUCGGAAGAUCAAGUGACAUAAAUGAUGGAUGGAUAAACCACUGAUAAGCAGAUGUUACACACAACCUGCAGCAGGUUCAUUUUCCUUAUUGACUCCUAUCCUUCCAGACGCUUCUAAUAUACGGUGGAAUAUAUAUAUUAGUGCAGUUAUCCAGAAUGUUUUUACUUGUUUUCUACAUAUACGUGUACAACAAUUCAUAUUUCACACGUUUUUCAUUAAGAACGUGUACUUUAGAACGUGAUUCGGUUUGACUAGAAUUCAUCUAUACGAUUCAGGCAAAACGUUUUAUUUAAUCAUUCCAGACAUAGACAUUCCAAUAAAACAAGCUCCUGAAACUUAUCCUAUGUUUGUCGCACUGAUUUAUUUUUAAGUUAUACCGAGCGUUGAAUAAAUCCACAACCCUAUAGUAACAUGUAAAUCUCUUGUAUACAUAUACAGGGAAAAUAAAAUUUCUGACGGCCUGAGUUGAAUGUGUACGAGAGAGAAGCGUGAGAAGUGUGUGUCAACACAUGUUUGAAAAAAAUAGAAGCUGGCUGAGGAGCGAAGGUCAUCACCACAUGGCCUAGCAACGGUGGCGCAGAAGGUCGUGCAAUCUGUCGCGUUGCAAAUAUGCUACACCAGAAAAUGUUCACAUAGGCUUCUACAAUAGAUUAGGUUUCUGUCAAACCCAAGAAGGAGGUCUCUUCGAGCAGUUAAUUUCAUAUUUUGUCUCCAUUUUGAAUAGAAUGACUUAUUUCAAUUUUGAUGCGACCUGUUUUAGUUCAUUUUAGAACGACCGUUGGUGAUAAAAUCAACACAUCCAGAAUUACCGACCGCUCGCUGUUGCAAUAUGUAACAAAUACCGUUACGCAAUACAAAUUAUCACUGCCUGUGUGUACGCAGGUGAAAACCAUUCCGAAACAGGACGACGUUUUACCGAAGCAGCCGCGCAGGCAGAAGCCGGGACAGCGCGGCUGCUAUGAAGAUAGCAAAGAAAUUUUGUUAAUCCGAUUUUUGAACUGCCUAAGGUUAGUAGAACUGGGAAAAGCUUCCUCUUGUAGACUGUUCCAUAAUCUCUAUACCCUCGGGACAAAGGAACUGUCAUAUCGGCCAGUUCUGUAUGUACGAAGUUGUAGACGGUUAGGAUGGGAGGCCAAAGUCAAGCGGGUCUGUCUGGCAGGCCCAUCGCACGGCGGUAUCAUGGAAGAGAGCUCGGAGGAGUAAAGCCCGUUGGUGUAGCGGUAGAAGAGAGCUAGUUCGCCGACGGCCCGCUGUUGCGAAAGGGUUCCGAUACUGUCCGUUAGAGAAGAGUCAUCGAUCAGUUGGACAACCCUCCUCUGGAGAGCAUCGAGCAUAAACGUGUGAGCAAUACUCGAGGUUAUGCCUUAUCUGGGCCUUGUAUAGAGUGAGAAGGUCAUGAGGAGAAAAGUACUUCUUAAGGCUGCUACACACAGUGCCGCCGUACACCCGGCGGCAUACAAAGCCGCCGGCCUUGCCGCGCAAAGGAGCCGCCGUGGUGUGCCGGCGGGUUACGCGGCUUGCCGGCGUCACUUCGUUCCUGGCAUUCGAGCGGUAGUGUUGUGCGGUUUGUGUGUUUAAACAAAUUAAAAUGUCGUUUAAUUGGGGCGACGAAGCUGUGCUGCUCUUAAUUGAAAAAUUUCAUGAAAAUGAUAUAUUAUGGAAUCCCAGAAAUGCAGCACUUCACUAGGUUUCUAUGUGACUGUCACAACCGGAAUGAUGCUUGACGGCUUGUGCCGACGGCAUAGCCGCUCGGCAUAAACCCGGCGGCAUUGCCGCCGGCACUGUGUGUAGCAGCUUUUAGACGAGACGUGUUCGUGCCAGAUCAAGUCCUCGGUGAUCUUGACUCCGACCAGCCGAAAUGAAUGCCUCUUUGGGAGAACUCGGCCAUCCAUCGAAACUGGAUGAGAGCUAGGACGCUUUUUGUUAAUCAGUACUGUGUCUUGCUGGCAUUAAACUGUACAAGGUUGUUGCGUCCGCAGACAGUGAUAACCUCCAGGUCCCUCGUCAGAGAGGAAGUCGUUGUUAGUGUUCUUUUUUCCAGCGCAGUGGCAGAGAUAGGCUUGUCACUCCGAAUUCCUGCAUGUAGAGUGCUGUCAUCAGCAUCUCUCAUCUCAUGUAUGAUCAUGGAGGUGGAAACAUCAUCUUGGAAUAAUCGAGAUGCGGUGUUGCCAAGCGAACCAAUUAUGCAAUGUUCCAAUUUGUGGCCUUCCUGACCUUUCAUUUCGACCUAAAAUGAAGCGCCCUUAGGACCGAUCCAGAAUCGAUCUUAAAUAGAUGCAAUACAAUUCACAAUUCAAAAAUGAGUACGCUAAAAAUAAAACAGUAUUUCUAAGAGAAUAACCUAAUGCAUAUUUUCAACAAGCAUCGUAAUUCAAGGAACUAAUGUAACAUAUUGGCAACGCGGCAGAUUAGCCGGCUUCUAACUAUUUCUAACAUAUGAAUCUAUACAAACUUCUCACUCGUACACAUUGAACUCAAGCCGUCAAACAAAUUUGGUUUUCAGCAUAGAACACAAUAAAAUAAUUCCAUCCCGGGUUACCUUUCCUGCUUAUAAGGCCCGAUCUUACUGUCGAGCCGCGGAAAUCAAAAUUAGAGUACAUGUUUUCAGCUUACAAAAUGUUUUCACUGGGCCAUUACGUUAUAGGUUUUAAUUUUUUUAGCAAUAUUGCGUUUGAGUUAAUUCGUCCCCGACGGUUUACAGUUGUUGUUGUACAUAGUUGUUUUCUCUCUUGUAAGCUGUCAAGGUAAAGGUGUUGUUGAAUUUCUUAGUGUCGUUCGAGAAGAACGCAUUUCCAGUAGUUAGGUUAGGUAGUUGCUUUUAUAGGAACUCGCGACAUUAUUUUCUUGAGGUCUAUAUGCGCCGGAGAGAUUGACAUGUUCUUCCGGGACACUCUAUAUUGAAGAAAACGAUUACUGAUGUUUCGGCCAACGGAAAAAUUUUUUUCUUUAAUAUAUGUGGUCUUAUUCGGCGGCCAUUAAAACAUAGAAAUGAACCAUGAGCCGAAUUGAUAUGGGUUUAGCUUCGACUUUAUGGUAUGAGCAUUAAUGGGCGAUUUAUGGUAUUGAAAACAUUCUGAUGAUACUGCAAUAUACAUUCCUCUGUUUUCUCAGAACAACAAUUAGUCCAUCUUACAAUAUACAAUAGACCAUUAUUGAGUACUGAAUGCAUGAAUAUGAGGGUUAUCAUUAUGCAUUUUGUGUGAUUUAUAUGCUUUUUAAUAUAUAACGAAUACAAAAUGCUUGGGGAAGCUUAUUUUUAGCAUGUAUUGGUCAUUUGUACUGUAAGAUAUUUGCAUGAUAUAAGACAUACUCUUAGAUUCUCGAGGAAUGCCUUAUGACAGCAAUUUAUUUUAAGAUGGACGAAUUUCAUUUUAAUAGGCUGCUAGCAUCAUAAGUACAUGUUUAACAGCAAGAUAAUAUAUGUUUUUGACCUAGUGAAUCACAUGCUGGUAUUGUGCUGGCAGUCUAUAUUGAAUUAAACACAUCGUUGACUCCCACAAUUCGUUACACCUCCAUCAAUUUUCAUUCGAUCAGUUUGAUGUUUAAGGUAACAUUGAAUUUAUCAGUAGCUUAACAUCUAUUUCCGAACACGUUAUCUUUCGUUAUGAUUGGUUCUCUUAGAGUUACUAUCUUCAAUGCUAACUUACUCACUACUGGUGGCUUUACAUGAUUUAUUUCAUAUACCUACAUCCCAAGCUACACGAUUCCUCAAUAAAAUACUACGUUAAAUGUGUAUUGUUGAAAAACUUUGGAUAACUUGAACAAAAAAAAAAUGUUCGUACAAGCUAUUAAAAAGCGUACGACUUUCAAUCAGAACCUUAAAUACUAACCUAUCUUAUCAGAAAAACAUCAGCUUCAAUUGAAAAUAAUUGCAACUAUCAGCCUAUUUUAGAAUUAGACUUGACAAGUUCUCUUGAAGCCAUAAUAUUGAGGAAGAUUAUCGUUGGCUUUAAGCAUCGUUAAAAACGUUAAACGUUAAAAGCUUUUUAUAAACACUGCAUAUUUAAUGUAUCCCUCCAAUUACCAAUCACAGAUCAUUCAUAUCAUCAUUUUGCUAUAGCAAUAUUUAAAAGUUAUUCAUUGCCACCAUACACAUUCCACCAUAUCCCGGUUCAAUUUUUAAUUUGCUGACCGCGUCAAACUUCAUCUCGCAAGACCAAAAAUAUAUUAGGCCUUUAUACAUGUACAAUGAUUACAUCGAGACAUGAAAAGUAAAAGAGAUGUUAAGUGACUCAGAACAAAAAUCGAGACAGAGAGAGAGUGCUUUAACUCAUAAUGUCUUACAACAAAUGACGUUUGGAAAGCAUAAUAAAUGAGGAUGAAAAAUCUGCUGAUUAACAUAUAUUUAAGUAAAACUCAGUGCAAAAUAGUCAAAUGCGUCGCCAAACGUCACUUUGGGUUAAAUAUAUUUAUUGUGUUAUUGUCAAGCAUUUAAUGCAUUUUCAUAGGUAAUAUUUUUGCAAAUUAGCGCUCUAAAACGUGGUUUCCAAGAUCCAGUGCGUUGAAGAUUUGAAAAAAUGGUUUUUGACAGAGGAAAAAAAUAAUAGCAAACGGCCACCGAGGGUAAGAUAUAUGAACAACAUAUAUAUGUUUGUUAUGACUGCCUAAUAAAUAUGUAUAAAUCUAUUCUGUUCCCUGGCAACGAUCAAAGCUAAUUUGUUCUUAUUUUAAUGAUUUUUCGGCAUGUAAUAAGGUUUUUAUUUUUUUACUCACAAACGAAGAAAUAACAAGAGAUAAAAAAAGUUAUUAGCUGCUAAAUCCGAAAAUAUUUCAAAAAAGUUAGUUUCGUACAUUUUUUAUUUAAUUCAUGAGAAUGCCCCCCCCAGACACAAUUGGUAAUUAUCUUUUAGUUAGUGCUAAUCUAACGUUUUAUUGUAGAAAGCAAUACUACCAAAAUUUAACAGAAUCAACACAAGUAUGUUUGGGAUACUAAUAAAAAACUUUUUUUGGAAUUUCGAUAUCCUGUAUCUUGAAAAGCAGACGUUUUAGGGCACAUGUCAAUAUAAACUUUUCUACUAGAAUUUGGCUCAGGAAUGCGCCCUUGAAAUUGCGGCCUCUCAUUAAGUAUUAUAAUUUCGCAUCAAUAUGUUCCGUUCCACUUGAAAAAACAAUAUUUUAGGUUUAGUACAAUAUGCGUUUGAUGACAAAAGUAAUUACAGAAACACUGCACAGUUUCAUUAUUUGUAAAAAUAAAACAACUGAUCUUGCUCCUUACCCAAGUUCAUUUCUAUUUACAAUUUCGCAUCAAUAUGUUCUAUUCAACUUGAAAAAAGUAGUACAAUCUGCCUUUGAUGAUCAAAGUAAUUACAGAAACACUGCUAAGUUUCAUUUGUAAAAAAUAAAAUAACUGAACCUAAGAUCAUCCUUGACAACUGUCCAUUAUUCAUGUAGUUCAUUAAGCUGCAACACAAAAAUUAUGCGAAGCAACCUCCACAAUGAUAUCAUCUGUAAUCAGUAACCUUGGUGAGAAGUAAGACUUUACCUUUGGGAGGAUUAUAUUUCUCUACCGUGGUUUGGAGGUAACAUAUUUCUAUUUUUAAAAUUCUUAAGUUUUGGACCGCCGCUUCCACGACUUUUUUAGCUCAGUAAUCAACUGAAGUACUAUAUAUAGGCUACAUAAAAUUCAUAGCCGAUUGGGUCCACAACAAAUAGCAGAUUCAAAGACUUAACCAAAACGAAAAUAUCCAUCAACAUUGUUCGCACAUGGUGACCGCUGUUAUUUAUAUUUUUUGAUGUAAACGCUUUCUUGUUUCCACUUCAUAGCUAGAUUGUUGAAUAAAUUUUUGUCAUACUUUUUUGGCAUUCUGCUGCUUAAACCUAGAUUAGCUCAGAUCAUCCAGCGCGGGUGGUAACGCAGUACGUAAAAGUUGGUUUAUUCACGUCAAAGUUCUUUGUCUUCCAACUCUGGGCAUGAGUCUACGUCAGGUCUGGUUCUGUUCUCAAAACGUAAACAAAAUUUUUUUCAAACUGAUCCAGCAUCCAGAGUUUUUCCAGUUUGC